UUUAUUUAUACUUUUAUGAGAAUCUAAAAUUGAAAUAUUUAAUUGGAAAAUUAAAAUUUUUUAUAUUCUUACGGCUCAAAAAUGUCUGGAAUCUUAUAUGCGCUUUGUACAGAUACUUCUUUCCACGAACUCCAAGCACAACCACAGCCAUCACAGAAAUGGAAUCGAAUUCGAUUCUCAAGGCGUCUCGCAAUCGCUCACCGCGAAAGGUUCCAUGUCUUUUGGCUCUCUGUUGUCGCUCUCAUGCCUCCGUAGUCAAUCUCAAGCUGUAGCUUAUCAACAGUGAACUUCCAUUUCCCAAUCAAAUCGAAAUCGAAAUCAAUGUCUAGGGUUUAUUGUCUGAUGAAUUUAUGAAAUGCAAAAAGAAACAGGAAGGAAAAGGAAAGGAGAAAUAGUGUUUGCUGUUUUGACAUUCCUGUUUGAAAGAUGCCGAAACUGGACACUACGCUUGGUAACGACCCGGUUCAGUUUCGAUCAAUUCGGAUACCUGGAGAUGGACGAUGUUUAUUUCGAUCUGUGGUUCAUGGUGCUUGUUUGAGGGCUGGGAAGCCAUCUCCAAGUGGUAGCUAUGAGAAAGAACUUGCAGAUGAGCUCAGAGCUAAAGUCAUAGAUGAAUUCAUCAAGAGGCGAACAGACACAGAGUGUGACAGGUUUCUUGAAGAUGACUUCGAGAGAUAUGUGGGAAAAAUGCGACAAACCCAUAUUUGGGGAGGAGAGCCUGAGUUGCUCAUGUCCUCGCACGUCUUGAGGAUGCCAAUCACAGUUUACAUGUUGGAUAAGAAUUCUGGUAGCCUCAAUAUCAUAGCUGAAUAUGGGCAAGAGUAUGGCAAGGAAAACCCCAUACAAGUCCUAUAUCAUGGUUAUGGACAUUAUGACGUGCUUCGUAUUCCACCUGCUGGUACCGAGACCAAGCUGUAAUGAUUUAAUUUAUGUACUGAUGGCUGCUUUGGAGCGCAUUCUUGUCUGAAUUAUUAUAUAGUCACAGUAGUUCGUACUUUUGAGUAAUGAGUCUUGGUUGGGUUUGACGUUCCUAAUUUCAUACGUAGAUCUACCUGUAAGGUAAGAGAGGAGAGGGAUGCGGCUAGUUUUUUCGCCUUCCUUUUGGGCCUUCUCUCUUUUGGCUUUGCAGAAUUCAAUAAAUGACUCGGGGGAGCUUUAGCGUUAA